CAUCCACGAUUCUAUGCUCAUAUUGAUAUAUUUUUGUUGUGACGACCCAGUCGGGUAAAUCAAUCAUUGUUUUUAAGGUUAAGAAGCGUAGGCAUUAGGAUUUACCUACAUAAAUCGAUUUCUAAUAAGUAGUCGGGCAGAACAAUGUUGAUUACUAUUUGUUACAUUUACUUGACUUAUGUGACAAACCAUCUUAAAAAAAGUCAAUUGGACACACUGAUCGCCAUGUUGUCUACCAAAGUCCCCAAAGCCAGUCUACUCUUUCAGCGAGUCCUUCUGAGCCAGUCUCUUGGCAGAAUGCCAAGAAUUCUGAAACCGGGAGCAUUGAGCAUAUCACAGUUUUGUGAUGACGGAUUAGAGUCUAUUGCUGCACUGACAGUUAUGGAAAAGGGAAGCAAACAGGUGCUAGAAAUUUCACCAAAGCAAUAUGUCAACUUAUCACAGGACUGGACACUAUUUAUUGGCUCAAAAACACCAAUCCUACAAGAGGAUAACCCAUCACUCAAAUUGACCGACCAAUCAGAUAUGUUUUUAUUGAUUGAAGCCACACCUCCAUACAAAGAUAAGUAUGGCCGAGUCUACCUCAGAAAGGUGCCAGCAGAGAAAGCGGUUAAGUUAUCACGGUUGACGACGCCAAUUGCCUGGAAGUCCGGGGAGCCAUUCGGUAUUGUUGUGAAAGCUAGCGUGGCGCAGUGUGCUAAAACGGGAAUAGCCUUUCUUGAUGGCGUCCUGGAGCUUGAUGAUGGAUUGUUGGUAGAACACAUAGCCACCGUCGGAAUUAGUGGCAAGGCAAAUAGCCUUCUUUCGCGUAAAACUUCCUUCCACACACCUGCCAAGCCAAUAAAUGCUUCAGAAAAUCAGAUAAGCUCACCAAGCGUUCAGAAUCGUCACCAAAUUCAUGAUGUAGUGUCUGAACAGGAUAUGGACCGAAAAACUUCUACCAGCUCCUUGCUGAUGAAAAACGUACAACCAAGUUGCAAUGAUUCCAGGCCGGAUGCUCAUAGAAUACCAAAUGUGCUGGUUUAUACAGACAGCGAUGAACAAGAACCAGGCCAUUAUCUGAUGGUGAAGCAAAUGCUACAAAAAUGUCUCCACCCUGAUCACUAUGUCAUAUACCACUUAACAAAAACCCAGAUUCUAAACCACCCUUGGGUUGGCAAUACUGCCCUCAUUGUCCUGUCUUCUGAACUUGAAAUGAAUAAAUCUGCCAAAGUAACUGAGAAAUUGAAGUCUUUUUUGGCAACUGGAGGCAAAGUCUUAAGCUUUUCUUCUAGACUCUGUGCUCCGGACUGUGUUAAGCUUUCGAAACAAACAUGGCAUACGUCUGUUGUUGAUGUUGAAUAUUAUAAUGCUGUAUCUGGGAGUACAACAUAUUUAAAAAGCCUGCACAGAGACUAUUCUUUUAAUGUUAAUCAAGAUACAGAGCGAAAUUACAGAAAUUUCACAAUAAUUGCAAGAUGCAAUAGUCAACCAAUUAUUCUGGAAGUUAGAUCUAAAGGAGAAGGAAUAGCAGUUUUAUGUCAGGUUCGUUUAGACCUUGAUCCAACAACAGACAAGACCACUAAUUCUAAUGAGUUUGCUGAACUGAAAAAAUCGAAUGAAGCACGGUAUGAAGUUUUACUGGACAUCUUCUCUCGUCUGGGUAUCAUAUGUGCUGUUGACUCUGCUUUGCCUCUCUCUCCUAGCUACCUGCUUGCCCAGUCUGAAAGAACCAAAAAGAGUUUCCUAAACUCGAUCGAGGGCCAGUUGAGAGAAGGCUUGUUAAAAUCCAGGCUAACCAAUUUACAAUUUGUCAAAGAUUUCCCUUCUGAUCAAGAACCAGAUCCAGAAUGCAUUCCUGUCAUCACUACUGAAGUUUCCAAUGCUACAACCUUUGACAUGGAUGCGUAUUGGAGCCAUUUACACACCAAAGUGUUGGGAAACGUUGUUUUAUAUUCAGAAGUUGUUCCCACAACGAUGAGUCUUUUUGAAGGGUUUAUGUUCCAUGUUGAUAAUAAUAUAGGAACAGUUGCCAUAGCUACAAAAAUGACGCAAGGGAAAGGAAGAGGUGGAAAUAAGUGGAUUUCUCCGAGGGGUUGUGCAAUGUUUUCGUCGCAUGUGCGUAUUCCAAUCCAUUCCCACCUAGGGCAGCGUCUUCCCUAUUUGCAGCAUAUUGCAUCAAGUGCAGUGGUUGAAGCUGUAAGGUCUCUGAUUGGAUAUGAGAAUAUUGACUUGCGUCUGAAAUGGCCAAAUGAUAUUUAUUUUGGUAACAAGAUGAAGCUAGGUGGAGUGAUUGUCAACUCAUGCUGCUGGGAGAAACAGUUUCAUGCAAUCAUAGGAUGUGGCUUUAACGUUAGCAACAGUGACCCUACGAUAUGCAUCAAUGAUCUCGUAUCAAGACACAACCAGGAGCAUGGAACCAGUUUGCUACCUUUGACCCGAGAGCUACUCAUUGCUAGGACACUAACAUAUAUGGAAAAAAUCAUUGAGGAUUUCCAGAUGUUUGGAAAGGAAUCCUUUCUACCUGGCUACUACAAACAAUGGCUACACAGCGGGAUGAAAGUGCAUUUGGAGAAUGAUGAUGGUCCAGAGGUUGAGGUUGUUGGGCUAGAUGACAUGGGAUUCCUUGCAGUCAAGGACCAGUGUGGUCAAGUGGUCAGUGUCCAACCUGAUGGCAACAGCUUUGAUAUGAUGAAGAAUCUGAUAGUGACAAAGGCAAGACCCUGAAUUCAGAUGUUAGAAAAGCUUAAGAAGUUUUUUUUGAAGACUUUAUCAUUUCCUAAUAGCAAGGAUUAUACUAUACUCUAUAGUGAAGUCUUGGCUGCACAUGAUGUUAUCCAAAUAAAGGCCCAAGUUGUUGGAACCAGUAGUGACUAAUGUUAUUAUUCCUACUAGGACAACUUAAUAUUAGUACUACCUGCUACACAUUCCAUCAAUGCUGAAAUUUUGAUGAUUUAAAUUUAAGCAUUAUUUGUAUUUGUAGUUAAGUAUUGCCAACAUUUUUACUGUAAUUAUACUAAUAUCCCAUAAUGGCUCAUAAAGCAAAGAUAACAUUGAAUUCUAUUGUCAGACAAUAGAACUCUGUGUUUCAAUAAGGUUUUUACUCAUAAGGUGCAAUAUACUAAACAUGUUUAAAGUUGAUGUAAAAUUUAAUGCAGUAUUAGUCCCAUAUUUAAAAAAAAUAUAACUUAAUGCCAAGUGUUACAACCCUUUCCUUCCUAUUCAACUCUUCCUCUCCUCUCUUUGCCCCUCUUCCUUCCACUCACUUGCUUUGUUUAUUGUUUCACUGUUAUUCAGUGUACAGUAUAAAAGUGUCGAUAUUUUAUAUCAGUCAUCCAUUGUGUACAAACUGUUGAUUCAUAGGAUAGGAUAGGAAUAUUUUUGGGUGUGAAGCACACCAAGGUAACUUAACCCAUUAAGCAUGCUGGAAGGCAAUCCCCUACUCCUUUAUGAAGAGUGUACAUGUACAGUACUGCAUUCUUCAACAUGCACAUUGCCAAAUUUCACACUCGUCCAAAGGUUUCAAUGCUUUAUCCGAAAUAUCAGCCCUCCAGCUGAAAAUCAAUUGGAAGUGCACCAGGGAUCAAAGAUAGCUGAAAGGAUAUAACAGUUCAGCACACACAGUGACUACCACUAGUUUUGCUGGCUGAACUAAACUGCUCUCCCUAAGCAAGCACUUUCUUGAAUUUUUAUUGGGUGAUCUUGAAGUGUAAAUGUAUGUCUUUGAGAGGUCAGGUGUCCAACUUACACAAAGAUCAUUCCAAAUGUGGACUAUAGAAUAUAAGAACAUAUGGAUACUGUAUAUAUGUAGAAAGAAGAAUUUAUACAAGUUCUAUAUAAUUGUGAGGUUUGAGGUUUACUGAGCACCAUUCCAGAGAAACCCAGUGUACAAUUUUGAAUAAAUGCGAGUAAAAUUUCAUACAAAGGAAAA